CAGGAUAGUGGCUCCCUGGAUCAAAUAUUGAAAAAGGCUGAUCUAGUACCUGAGGAUAUUUUGUGAGUUAUCACAAUUGCGGUAAGAAUUAGUUUAUAUUUUACAUAUAUUAUGUAUAGCAGAUAGUAGGACAAUUACCCAUUUGUAGUCCAGGAUUAAUGUACACAGUAUUACCUCAAGGAUAAAAAAAAGCUUGAAUUUUGAGAAAGGGGAAUUUUAUGUCCAAAACUAUGCUGCAGCCAUCAAGGCUGAAAAAAGAAAAGAAAGAUGUAAAAUCCAGCAUUAUGAUGAAUUGCUGUAAUUUUCACCUCAAGCCUGAAAUACAGACAGGCCCAACAGCCUGUUUGAACAGUCACUUAAAGCAGAGCCACACAAAUAAAACUCAGAGUAAUCUUUCAAGUCAUUUCAUUCAUUCCGUGUUUAUCUUCCAAAAUCAAUGUUAGCACCUUAAGUUAAAAUGUCCAAAGGAUAUUAAAAAUUAUCUUUCUUCUUUGGAUUGUUAGGAAAAUAUUAUGUGCGAACAUCAUGUGAGUCAUUUGCUGGUCACCUUUAUUGAACAGUCACCCCACCAUUCCCCAUGUGUGACCACUUAAUACAAAUUGGACUGAAGAUUGCAACAGGGUUUUCAUUUACUUUUGAAGUAAAAGGGCACUGCCUUGUGAGUAGGCCGGUACACUGUAUAAUCGAGGGCCGAAGGCCUGAACCUCUAGGGAGUCUAGGGGAUGCUCCCCCCGGAAACUUUUAAAACUUAAGUCUCCCAGAAACGCACUUUUCUGCAAUCUGGUGAAGAAAUCUUUCUGGAAUGAAGCAUACUUAGUCUGAUUAUAGUAAAAGUAAUGGUAAUCUAAGAGAAUUUGUUUGUUUCUCUACACAGCUAUAGCUUCAUCAAAACACUGCUUUUGUUGUCAGAGCUUCCUUUCUUCUUCUUCUAAAGAGUGAAACUGACAACACUCUUUGUAGUUUAUGAAAACUCAAAGUCAGAGCCGUAAUCAUUUACAUUAAUUCCUUUUGUCACAUAUAUAUCCCCCAGCAGUUAAAAAUUUAAAACAAAUGUUGAUGGAACACAAGAGUCUGAUACACAAUCAGCCCUCGCUGAAAACAAUUUUUUCAAAACCUCCGAUGGGCUUUAUCUUCAAUGAAAUUAAAUUGGAUCAAAGUUUCUUUCAAUUGUACGGAAUAUUUGAGCUUAAAAGUCAGCUAAAUGUUGGCUUACUAAGAGGCCGUGUCAGCUGAUAAGCAUCUUUUACGGCGACAUUCGUCUCUUGAUGUUUAUUUUAUAUUCUGAAUUUUAUUUCAGAAAAAUAAAAAGUGUUUUAUGAAGAGUUUAAAUGAUGGAAAAGCAUAGAUAGCGUACGUAAUUUUUCGAAAAGCCUUUUCACGGCUGUAAUCCAACUAAAACAUGAAUUUAAUUUUUAGGUCAUCGCUCUUGACUUUUCAUGUGCAAACGAGUGCUUGCGUGAGUUUUACUUUUGCUUGCCACGAUCACUCCGCAGAACGCACUCGAUUUUAUGGCACGUCACGUUUAAGAGUUAUUUAACAGCUAAUUCGGCACUUUAGAAAGAGACAGUUCUAAGAACGCUAUAAGGGACCUUAAGCAGUCAGGACGGCAACGCCAAGGAAGACUUCGUUUAAAAAAUGAAUUACUGCCUAUAAUUUGAAUUUCAAAAAUGGCUGCAUGUGUUUACCGUCUCAUACGGUGCCACACCUCAACUUCAGCAUGGCGUAUCAAAGAAGUGUUGAGGUCCAACUAGAAGUUAAAAUAAUUUGCCGUCGCGGUUUCGGUUCGCAGACGACGCAAAUUGAGGGGAUUUCACAUUGUUGUUUUGCAUUGUACGGCUCAGAAAUGUACGAACGCACGUGCUGAGCUAUUGUUCUGCCUAUUAUAUCUUUUGUUUUUCCAUGUCCUCGUUGCCGUCGCGUGGUUUGCUUAAGGUCCCUAUUACCGCGCAGCGCCUUUCUCAUCAGAGUAAAUUUUAUUUCCACACUCUGAUCGCAAGUAAUUGAUAAAUAAGUGCAGAAAAAAUGCUUUAAACUUACAGGGAAGAGUUAAAAUUAAGUUGAAGUUGAUAUUUUUUUUCACAACUAUUUUCUUUUUUUAAUUUGGUGCUUCAAGUAGCCGGGAACUCUGUUUAAAGUAGACGGGUGCCGGUACCCGGGACCCGGCUUCUAAUAAAAACCCUGUUGCAAUGGGCAACCAUCCAACUCAUUUCUUAACAAAGAUGUGAAUCAAAGCAGUUGAAAUAUUGCAUGCCUUCUAUGAUAGCUUUCCCUUCAUUAUUGAUAGUGACCUAAAGUUGUGAGACAAUCGAUGUAAUAAAUUUAUUUAUCAUUUGUACACCCUUGCGAACUGAAUUCCCGGUUUUCUGGGAAUUUCAAGGAAUUCUCAAAAAUUCCCAAUUAUGUAAAUAACCCUUGCAAACUGAAUUCCCAGUUUUCUGGGAAUUUCUAGGAAUUCCUAGGAAUUCUCAAGAAUUCCCAACUAUGCAAAUAAGCUCUGAUUUAAAAAGCUUGGAAUUAUUAGGAAUUUCUGGGAAAGGAAGACUCCAGUUUUGUGAAGACUUGGAAUUCCUAGGAAUUCUCAGCUAUACAAACUACCUAUAAUUUAAGAAGGGUGGAAUUCUUGGGAAUUUCUGGGAUUUGAAUUUGAGGCAAUUUAAAUACCCUGAGGUCCACAUAAAUUCUAGGAAAUUUUCAAUACCUUGAAUGUGAAGGUUUUAACAAAAAGAGUAAUUUCAGAUGCUUAAAACUUUGGCUCAAUAAAAGGUAUGCUAUACAAAAUUUACCAAGAGAUAUACAUACAUGUAUAUGUUUAUAACUUAAAGAUCAUGAAAUUUAUUAUUCAAACUAAGUUUUAGUGAAUCAUUACAUUAAUAUGGAUUUUCUCAUGAACCAGUAGUCAAUUAUGUUAAAUGGAAUAGUCAAUUAACCCAAUGUACUCAUAUCACAGAUUUGCUCUCUAACCUCAAAGGAUUCUUGGAUUCCAUGAUCAUAAAAUAUCUUUAUUGUGAUGCAAAAUGUCUCAUGUUCACUGGUGUGCCAAAAUCAUCAAACAUUCAUUAGCUGUUUCUUGGUACCCAACUUCCACAAUAAUUAACAAUAAUUACAUUGUUAUCUAUACUUAAAGAACUUUGUUAGUUAUGAACUUAAGUUACUUCCCUAACCUACAUUACUGGUUGCCUUUGUUAAAAAACCUUGGAACAGUCAAGCUCAGUUGCCUCAAACACUUUCAGAGAAUUUUUGCUGACAUUUUUAUUUUUUGUUGACAUUAUUUUUCUUUCUUCAUGAUUGUUGUUGCUGUUUUUUUUUCAGUUUUUUUGCUCUGUUUUUGUGACUGAUUGCUGUAAUAUGUUUUGCUGCUUUUAUUCUUACAAAACAUUUUUGUAAGAGUUCCAAUACUUGUGGAUCAUCCACACAGUUUGCAAACAUUUGGCAUGCAGACAAGACAGAGGUAGUCAAUGUUCCCUUUGAGAAAAAACACUUUUUAAAUGACGUCUUCAGUUUACUUUAUUUGAAACUCUGAUCUGAAAAUAUUUUUAAAACAAGACUUGUUAGUAGCGAGAAGUACAAACCAAGUUUCCUUUCAUAACUUAAUGUCUUAUAUGUCACCAUCACUGGAUCUCCCAAAAAAUAUUACAUCUUUUUAUUUUUGGUGCAAAAUACAAGUCCUUCUUUAUAUACAAAUGAAAAGUGCAAGUCACACUUCAAUGAUAACAGCUCUAAAGUUUACUUGUUGUUCUUCUCUGUCUGUCAGCUAUCAACAAAAUUGUUUUAUACUUUGGACAGUGCACAACUAUUUGUGGACCAGAGUUCCAACGCACCUCUGUAAUCGCAUAUAGUUACAUCUGUCUCUUGUACAAAUGUUUCUCCUUUGUAAGAAGCACUGGGAUCAUCUAUGUAUCUCUUAUACUUCCUAAUGUGCUAUCCUUCUUUUAUAAAUAUGAGGGUAAAAGACGAUUUGUAAUCGCAUUCAAAAUUGUGAUUGGCUUGUGUUAUUUCUCACCUUUGCCAUGAACACAACUCAAAUGAGUUUCGAGUCUUUGUUUCCUCGACAACUUUCUGCCACAAAUCGUGCAUUUGUAGUACAAUCGAUUCUUGUCGAUUAUUUCUAUAUAGAAUGAGCUCACAUCAUUAUUUAUAUCACCAAGGUAUCUAUCGUCUAGAAGCGUAGAACCGGUCGGAGAAGUCAGAACAAAGUUGUGCACUUUAAUUAACACUGCAAUCGGCAAGCCAGCGGAUUCACUCUGCUAGCCAAUGACAAGUCCUAAAAGGUCCACGUGAUCAUGCCCGUGUCGGAAACAAAGAAGACUCCAUUUGGCGCUCAUCUUUGAAUGUACUUUUCAUGGGUUGAUCACAUUUCUCAACUGUUUCGCUUAAUAUAACAUUUCUAAAGAUAGGUUUUAUUGUGGUUCAAUGGGAAAACGCGAACAGCGUGAGUGUUGUAAAAGAAAAGAAAAUCGUUGGCGCCGUGGAGUUAAAAGAAGGGACAACAGUUGACAUACUGACUGGUACAAAUAAUGGUCGAGUGGCCAUCUGUAAAGCUACGAUUUUGAAAGUUCGUGGUGAGUAAAAAUUACGAUAUUCGUUACGUGAUCAAAAUCUUAUAAGAGAAUAGAUGUAACGGGUUGAAUUAAGCUUACAUAACGCUCGGCGCAACUGAAACUAGAAUAAUUCUGAGAAUGGAAUCGGUCACUUGCAUGCCGCAGUUUCUUAAGCUUAUGCUUUACAAUGAAAUCAACCUAUCAGUAAGGUUUCAAGAUUCCUUUAGUCACGUUUGGGAACACUCAAGAUUCAUAAUAGGAACUGUUAUUAAACAAACCUUAUUACAUAAAGAAGCCCUCCUUGGUAAAAACAAAAUAUUUUAUUCAGCCCUCUUUUAAUAAAAUCUAUGGGAGAGAUGUACUAACUCCAAUAUAAAAGUCAUUCAAUAUAAAAGAGAUUUCUCAAUUUGAGAAUCCAAUGAAUGCCCUUUUCCUUAUAGAUAUCUUAAAGGCCUGGUCUGAGCUUUAAAUAUAUAUAUAUAUAUUUUUUUUCAAAUUCAGAUGUUAUGGAAUCCAGAUACAAAAUGGUCAAGCUUCUUGUAGACAACCUCAUUCAAGGCCAACUGACUGUGAGCCCAAGGAAAAAAAUACAAACAGCAGCUAAGUUUGCAGUUUAGGAUAACUUCAUUCUAAUAUAUUGUUACAGUUACAACAGGAUUUUAAUUAAAAAAUCAGUUUUGUUUAACUGUAAUUAACCCCUUCACUCCCAAGAGUGCUUGGUUUUCAAAUAUAAUUUAAGAUAUUGUAUUUUAUGGAAAAGAAUCAACAGAUUUUAUUCACAAUUUGUGUCAAACCAAAUUUAAUGAUUGAUUAGGACUAUUUUAUAUGAAUAGCUGUAAUUGAGGAUUAAACCGUAUGAAGUUUUCAAGAAAAGAAAAAUAAAUAAAAUUCCAUCCUAAUAUUACUACAUGUUGAUGUUAAUAAUUAAUCAAAAAUAUUUUACAUGUAAACCUUAAUGAAGCUUGCAAAUAAAUUUCAUUGAAUACUUGAAUUUUAGCUGGGUUUAUUAAUUUAAAGUAUUUAUUUUAUAUCAUUAGCCUCAAAUUUUUGCUUAAAAUUCCCUUUAAUUCUUAAACAUUCCUAGAAAUUCCUAGGAAUUUUUUAGAUUUACAGCUUUUCAGGGAAAGUCAUCGGUGCUUUGAGUGGCUAGAGACUUGGAAUUUCUGGGAAUUUCUGGGAAUUUCUAGGAAUUUCUAGGUUUUUAGAACCAGAGUUGUUAUGGUUGGGAAUUCCCAGUCUGAGUUUACUGUGAAAAUUCACAAAAAUCCAUUUUGCAAGGGCAACUAGAUAGUUUGGCAUACCUGUGAGCUCUCUCCGUCCACAUCUUAAUCUCCUACAAACUGUAAUGUUUAGGGGUGUCAGUGAGUCAUGAAGUAGAGGGCAAAACCGUAAAGUAGAUGGCAAAUUUCAUAAUUACCAGCUCUUAUUGAAACUUCUGAACAUGUGCGAUUGCUGCCUCUAAAAGCUGAAAUCAUUGGAAUGUAUGAAGCCCAAUUUUUAACAUUAUUUACCUAGUAUGAUUUACCUAUCAUAGUGGAACCAUAUUCUUGCCUCCUAACAAAUUUAGGCAUGUCUUGUCAAAUUUAAUAGUGUAAUCCGGUAAAUUUGUGGAAUACUCCAACUUCAUAAACUUGCUCAAAGUAGUGUGAUCAUCACAACAAGAGUUCCUUUUUGUUAAUCAGAUGUGUGAAGCCCUCAAAUAUUUUAGUAAACUCCCGCGGUGAAAUCAAGCUCUGUGACUUUGGAGUUAGUGGACAGUUAAUUGACUCAAUGGCAAAUUCUUUUGUUGGCACACGAUCUUACAUGUCGGUAAGGAGAAUAUGUUGAUAAGUGAAUAGUAGUUUUGGUAUUAUGUACUAAAAGAAAUUACAUGUUUCUAACCUUUAUACCUCCUUGGAAUGACCAAUGAGUAAUUUCUCCUUACCAUAUCAAUAGCAUUUCAACCAAAGAGGCGACAAGGAGAGAGAAAAUAUCAUCUGGGGAUAUUGUUUGAUUCAAGGCCAAAUCCUCAUAGCUAGAAUUAUGAUAAGUGUAUAGCACACUGUUAGGUGAAUCGACAGUGAGAUUUUGGGAGUGAAAGAGUUAAAAUGUAACAGUUAAAAUCCAACAUGGAAGCUAAGAAAACAAGAAAACAAUCCACAGACAAGUUAAACUGAGGUGGAAAAUGCAUGAUAAGGAAGGCUUAAAGAUGUUUCUGAUACUUGAAAGGAGAUACAUGGUACAUGUAUGUCAUUCAUAGUUUGAGUAAGUUCUGUAACCUAGAAAAUUUCCUUUUAAUCAAAUAAACCUCAGAGAUUAUUUUGUCCAAGUGCAUGAACUCUGAAAAGUAAGAAUAAGCCGUGAAAAGAGAACUUAAGAUACAGAAGAUUCACCUUAUUUGCAAUUAAUCUUUGACAUUUUAGAUUCUCAGCCUGAAAGACUUCAAGGAGCUAACUACACAGUUCAAUCUGACAUUUGGAGUUUUGGAUUAUCAUUGAUUGAGAUGGCAAUUGGAAGGUAUCCAAUUCCACCAGCUGAAGAAAACCAAAAAAGCACAAGUCCAUCACAUCUAAAGAGAAUACCUCCAGGAACAAGGCCACCUAGUGGUGUGAGCAAUGAUGCAAGGCCAAUGGUGAUAUUUGAAUUACUGGAUUAUAUUGUGAAUGAGGUGAUGCCAAAAGUCUUAACAGUAAACUGAUGAAAGUCGUGUGAAUCAAUUUUUAAGGAAUUUAUCUUGCGAGUUAGUUAGAGGAUGUGCAUAAAAUUUGUGUAAACAGAGUAAGCAAGUUGAAUUGCUUUUCUUCCCUCCAUUGUUCUGACUAACCAAAUGUUUGAAUAACAUAUUGGUUGAUCAGUUUGAUCUCCUAAUAAUAUCUUUGGAGAAGUAUGCAUUUCUGUGUUGAUGUAAAGUUUGCAGCAAGUUCAGGAUUGCUGCAUUGUGUAAUCAUCUCCUUUACUGCUGGGAAAAUCUUUGUAGAAACUAUGGUAUAUUAUUGAAGAAUGGUAUAUUAUUGUCACUGAAGUUAUACAUUUUUGUUCUUUAUUGGAUAGCCUCCUCCCCAGCUACCAUCAGAGCAAUUUUCAGAAGAGUUUUGUGAGUUUGUCAACAAAUGGUAGGCAAUGUUUCCCACACUCUUCCAUAUGAUGGUUAUGAAUGAUAGUUAUUGUCAAACUUGGACAUAGAUGUUUAGGGGAGUAAGUUGUGGUAUAUCCAGAUGCACUGGAGAUCAGGACAUUCUAGAAAACAGCUAAAUCUCACAGUAAUCUAUUUCAAUUUCUGUUUCAGUCUUGUUAAGAAUCCUUCAGAAAGACCUAACCUCAAAGUGUUAAUG